AUGUACACCGAUGGGUCCAAGAGGCAGGGGGCCCAGUCGGUUGGAGCGGCUGUCGUCACCAAAAACCACGACAACUGGAACGAGAGGGUCGUUAGCGUGAACCCGAGGGCCACCAUCUUCACUGCAGAAGCAAUCGCGAUGGUGGAAGCGUUAAAGACUUACAAAGAAUCGGAGGACGAUAGAAGACUGUUGCUGUACAGUGACUCGGCGAGUGUUCUCAAAGUUCUAGACGGCAUAAAAAGUAAAAGUAUGAGUGACAUACCGAAUGGUAAAAGAAACGAAAUAAUUGCUAAAAUACUAAAGGAACUGCAUGAAAUCUGUGUGCGUAAAAACUUACCGUGCGAGGUGGCAGCGGACCGUAAAAAAGCGCCGGUCGUAUUCGUGUGGGUGCCAGCGCACAAAGGCAUCGUAGGAAACGAAAAAGCGGACGAGGCGGCGAAGAGGGCCACGGAUCGCCCACCGGACUCGGACUAUGUAAUACCGUAUGAGGAUAUUUUAGUGACCUUGGUGGAAAGUGCGUGGAAGGACUUCUCGACAUAUAUGAGAAGAGAGGCAACCUAUAAGGGCGCGCGUUACUUUAAUGAAAUAGACACGAACGAGGGCUGUAAAAAACCGUGGUUUAAAAAAUUUGCGAUACAAACCAAAAGGACGAUCUCGGUUCUGAGUAAGGUUCGAUCCAAUCAUUAUAACCUGGGAGAAUUACUCGCGAGAAAAUACCUCGUGGAGGACCCGGGGUGCGACUGCGGACAGGCGGUCGAAGACUUGUGUCACGUGAUGUGGGAAUGCGAAAAAUACGAUCAUAUUCGAGGAAAAUUUAUAGACAAACUACGCGAGAGGGAGCUACGGGGUAGACCCCAAUACCAAGACUUGAUUAAAAGGGACAAACCGGCGGUAUGCGUCGCGUUGGCGAGGUUCUUAAUAGAAACGAGCAAAAUAAUUUAG